AUGUACUUGACGACUGGGAAAUUUGACCCGGGGGGGUUAAUAGCGGGCGGCGGCCGCCAAGGGCAUGCCUUUGAGGGAAGCGAAGAUGAGAGCGAGCCAGGGGUGCGGGCAAACGGAUUGGAGGCAUUGGAAAGACUCGCCGAAGCCAAGGUCGCCAACGAUGUCCAAAGCGACGUAUCUGUACCGGUCAACCUCGGCUCCUGCGCCCUCAAAGCCCAAGGCAAGAAAGCUCGAUUCAUCACCUUGCGCAUCCGCGCGUGGUCUGCGACAUUGGCGGUUGUGACCAUGAUGUGCGGCUGGCCCCGCGGGGGGGGAGGGGAAGAAUGUUAG